GUUCUUCUCUGGAUGGCUGAAUUAGCCAUCUAGCUCCAGUUAAAACCUAAGUCUGGCUAUGAUAAGUGUGACUCUAGUCAUCACAAUAAAACAACUGGCACCAAGAUACGAUCAUCCACACAUGAAGAGCUCGGGACCCAAAUAGCCACAGUGUUGGAGUUCAACACAUUGGAGAACAGCUCUGAAUUACUGAAGUAAAAUAAAAAGCUUGUGUUAGAAGUGGAGGAGCUGUGGAAUUUUAGAAGCUUUUAAAAUGAAUGACUGAUCAUAUACCGUGGAACAUUCCCUUUUCCAGUGAACUCAGAUGCUGCAUAGUACAGUCCUGCCUUAAGAAGACAGAGUUGGUGUUGCACAAAGGAGAGAUUGGUAGAAUUGACAGAGUUCUCUGAAACAGUUUGAAUCUAUGCUGCUUUGAACUGAGUGCCCUCGAUCAACUGUAAUCUGUGUUCAAGCCUGGGAAGAUAUUUCUGUGCUCUGGUUUUGGAUUUAUAGGCCAGCAGCUUAGCCUGAAACUUUAAAAUUAUUCCUGUUUUGAAGAGUGGACUUGCCAUUAGUUCCUGUCGUCUGCAAAAGCUUUCUGCUUGCGACACAGCGAGGGCAAGCAGCUCCCGUUCCGAAGCCGUCUCUAGCCUGCCACCACCGUCAGCAUGGCCACGAGGGCAGAGUGGAGCUGCCCCAUCUGCCGCGAAGCCUCGGGCAACAUCGCCUUCGUGGGCUCCUGCCUGCACCAGUUCUGCCGGGGCUGCAUCGUGCGCUGGGCCAGGAAGAACCCGUCGUGCCCCCUGUGCAGGCAGGCUGUUCACACCAUCAUCUACCCGGCGCCGCCCGACCAGGGCUUCGUGGAGAUGGCUGUGCCGCACCCCUCGGUGCCCUGGAGCGUCGGCCCGCGGGAGGAGCCGGGCACUGCGGGGCCGCAGCCCGGGGGCCUCGUGGCGGGGUUCCCUCCCGAAACCUGGGCGCUUUUGUUCCGCAACUACGCCGAGAUCCUGCAGCCUCUGGAGCUGUGGCUGAACGAGGUGCUGUGCGGGGCCUGCUGGUGGGACGUGGCUUUCGCGCAGGGUAGGAUCGUGGCCAGCCUGUGUCGCUACGGGCUGCACGAGGAGGCCUUGGCGCGGGAGCUGCAGCCCUUCCUGCAGGAGCAGACGCCCACCUUCGUGAGGCAGCUCAUCCAGGUGGCUUGUGACCAGUGCAGCGAGCUGGCGUGGCGCCACAUGGGCACGGCCCCUCACCAGGCCAGCCCCGCCGAGGGGCAGGCCGAGGGGCAGGCCGAGGCCGAGGCCGAAAGAGAGGCCGAGGCCGAAGCAGAGGCCGAGCCCUCGGGCGCCGGGCCCAGCGGGGGCUGCCGCCCUGGGGCCUCCUGCCAGUCCGGGAGGCGCAGAGGCGGCGGCCGCCCGAAGGGCAGCGGAGCAGCCCGCAAGAAGUCAUGCCGCCGGCAGAACUAG